UUCAAGUAUAUUUGUGUGUUGGAUUUUGAAGCUGUUUUUGCAGACGAUUGUAAAACUAAUAGAAAUUAUGAUAUGGAAAUUAUUGAAUUUCCAUCAGUCUUGUUAAAAUUUGAAAGUGAAAAGCAAUUGGUUGUUGUGGAUGAAAUUCAAAACUAUGUAAAAACAAGAAGAAUUCCAAAAAUUAAUGAAGAAUGCACCAAAUUGACUGGAAUUACUCAAGAAAUGGUCGAAUCUGGAGUUUCAUUCGAAGAAGCACUCAAGAGACACAAUGAAUGGUUAAUGUCUCAUUUAGGAGAAAAACCAACCAAAGAUAACAUCCUGAUGGCCACUUGUGGAGAUUGGGACUUAAAAACAAUGAUUCCACAUCAAGUUUUCUUUGAGAAACAAACAAUUUCCUUAAUUGGAUCUCAUUUCACACAAUGGUGCAAUGUCAAGGAUGUAUUUGCCAAGUUUUACAAUAUGGAAAAGGUGAAUGGCAUGUUGACAAUGUUAAAUGCACUGAAAUUACCUCUCCUUGGCAAACAUCAUUCUGGUAUUGAUGAUUGUAAAAAUAUUGCUCGAGUUGUUUGUAAAAUGGCACAACAAGGAUGCCACUUUAAUGCCACA